AGACAAGGGGUCCAGGGGUUCUGUGUGUAUAUAUAUAAAGGAGCUGACCGCGGCCCACAGGUCACUACCAUCGCCAAGAGACAGGACAACACAGGUGUUGUAAACAUGCGGAAUUACUCCCCUCUCAUCCUCCUGCUCGUGUCUCUUCUACACCUAGGAGAGUGCCAGUUAAAUUUGGGCGAGAUCCUGAGCGACCCCACGAUGAGCAAGAUGUUGAUGGGAGGCGGCACCGGGGGACUCGGGGGACUCGGGGGUAUGGCGGGCCUCGGCGGGGGGCUCGGCGGUCUGGGUGGAGGAUUGGGAGGUGGUGAGAGCGCAUUAAAUCUGGGGUCUUUAAUGGAGAACCCCAUGCAGAUGUUGACCGACCCCACCAUGAGGCAACUGCUGACGUCAGGAGGAGGCGGGGUCUCGGCCGGAGGUGUGGACCCGGCGAUGUUGAGUGCUUUAGUGGACCUGAAUAGCGCGCCACUACUUGAUGUCAACACCCUGACCCAGCUCAGUCAGCUAAACGACCUCAUACCACCCACCACCCCCAAACCCGUCACCACCCCCAAACCAGUGGCGGCUGGCUCCACCAUUAACCUGUCCAUAGGUGGGACCUCGACCUCGCUAGGCAGUGAACAGUCUCUUGCUGACCUCAUCCAAAAGCUCCAGCUCAAGAGAAAGAAGAAGGAGGCAGCUGCUGCUGCAUCUGCUGCCAUAGAAACUGUUCCCAAUGGUAACCUGGGGUCGGUGUUUGCGGAAACUUUGAAGCCAAGCAACUUGAACCCCAACUUACCGGUGGCAAAGAUGCUUGAGCUUGCCAAGGAUGGAAUUGGUGUAUCGCCCAGUCUACAGAACAUGGUCUGUCCCACAAAGCAGUGUCCAUUUCCUUUAGCGUGUGGAAAUCCAGUCAAAACCUAUACGCCCGAGACUUUCUUCGUUUGCCCAGAAUGUCCAAUGUGCCCGGGCGACAUCCUUAAGGGCGUGUCUGCCAGACUGGGGAAGGUGGUCCGGAUUGCCCAACCAAAAACCAAGCCAGGCGUCAAAAAAGCCAUUUCAUCUAAUAGCGUUGAUUCCAAAUCACCAUUUGAAGUCAUGGGAUGAUACCAACGUGUAGCUACUAAAUGGAAAUCGUAAAAUUUAGAUGCAAAUAUUAGGGUUUUUUUCCUCCAUAAAUACUCUUUUUUUAUCUUUCAUUUGUGGAUGUACCUAGAAUAUUGGGAUUGAUCUUGCUUUGUUAAUAAAUGACUUUUUAAAAAUUA